AUGUCCAGCAAGGCUGGUGGAAAGGAGGCAUAUACUACGCGUGCUACAGGGGGAGGACGCUACUCUUUAACUUUGAGAGAGUACCAGUUACAAGCACUGUCAGUAACGGCACGUGAGAUAUCAAUAGUUUAUGUGAAGCCGUCAUGCGCUAUAAAGAAGAGACAGAGAGGGAAGUCGAUCCCGCAACGCAUGCGCGUCGCCCAGCUCUGCAAACCAGGGCGAACAAUCCGAUAG